AUGGAGCUCACGCUGCAAGAGGCCGAGAUCCUAUGGCUGGCAAAGCCUCCAAAGGUGCAACGAGACAGCUCUCAAGAUGCGCCAACACACGCUCGCUUGACUGUCCUUUUGCCAGCUGCUCACGGUCAAGACGACGAAGUGUCGUUACCGUGCAGUAUUGUCAUCCCGGCGGAAGACUUAACGACAAAGAACAAGACUUCUUUGUUGGACCAGGAUGUGAAGUUCAAGCUUCUAGACGAUACAGAAGUGGUGGCAACACACGUAAUGAAGCUUCGAUGGUGCAUUCCUGUGCUUUCCGAGGGGUCCGUCCAUUGGACCCAGCCAGUUUUGCACCGAGAUGUGCAUUGGGAUGUAGAGAUACGCAUACAAGUGAAGACGGACCGACGCCCUCGCGCUUUUAUCUCUAAUGCGCUCGCAGUCAAGAACACAGCGAGCAGUGUUGCACACCAGAUGUUGCUGCAUAAGAGCAAGGCAGCGGUUGGGCUGCUGCCAGUAGUUGCGGCCUGUUUUAUUGGCAUUGUGGGAACAUCUCCUGUAUGGCUACCGCUGACACUGCUUGUAGGCAUGCUAGGCUUUCCUAUUUGGGCCAUCGUCGGUGUCGCGAUGUCGCUGGCGACGCUCUUGUCUGCUAUUUUGGCUGUUGUGACUAUCAAGCUCGUGCAGUUGGAGCGCAUGAAAGGUGCUUUUCAGCACUCGUUGACCAGUCAACAGGGCCAACUGCUGCUGUUCCAGGGUAUGCCUGGAGAAGAGUCUCUCUCACCUUCAGCGCUGUCCGACCGCAUGAAGGACUUUGUGCUUGAUAGUCCAUCUCGCAAACUUGUGGCAAGUUUGGCCAUCGACUUUGUAGGAAAUGCGACCUUUGUGGUCCCUGGCCUAGGUGAGCUAGCGGACUUGGUGUGGGCACCCGUGUCGUCCAAACUGGUGGACGUACUGUACAAAGAUUCGUCGCCGCGUGCCAGAUACGUGGCCUUUUUGGAGGAAGUGCUGCCUUUCACGGACAUAAUCCCCACUGCGACCCUAGCCUGGAUGAUGGAGAAUCUAAGCUCGUCAAAGGUGGAAUAA